AUGUAUUUCAAUCCUAGAGGUUUAGAUAAUGCUGGCAAGACAACUAUUUUGAAACGGCUCAAUGGUGAGGAUGUCAAUACAAUAUCGCCAACGCUUGGCUUCAAUAUUAAGACUCUAGAACAUCGCUCUUUUAAGCUUAAUAUAUGGGAUAUUGGAGGACAAAAAUCCAUUCGAUCUUAUUGGAGAAAUUAUUUUGAAAGCACUGAUGGAUUAGUAUGGGUAGUUGAUAGUGCUGAUGUCAGAAGACUUGAAGAUUGUAAAGCUGAAUUACAUGCCCUAUUAGGAGAAGAGAGAUUAGCUGGAGCAACCUUGCUCGUUUUUGCUAAUAAACAAGAUUUAGCUGGAGCUUUAUCAUCCAACGAAAUUAGAAAGGCUUUAGAACUAGAUACAAUUCAUUCCCAUCACUGGAGUAUUCAAUGGUGUAGUGCAGUUACUGGUGAAAAGUUAUUAGAUGGUGUUGACUGGUUGAUCGACGAUAUUGCCUCAAGGAUAUUUACCAUGGAUUAA